UGGAUUAGACAUGACAACCCUCCUCCCAUUUCUCUCUCUCUCUCUGCUGCCUCACUGCGUCCAAGCUCACUCUCUCUCUCUCUCACUCACUCCCUCACUUCACUCGCUCGCUCGAACGUACGUGACGUCGCUUCCUCUCUCCAACAUGGCGCAGGAGGCAGGUCGUUAAUGGAAAUCUGAGGGAUUUACCCCACCUUCCGUGUUUUAUUUAUGUUUGUCUGUUCGGGGCUGCGCGGCUGACAUUUGCCGAGGGAAUACAUCUGUGUUCGAGGCGGCUGCAGCCCUCUCACCUUCCCCCUCACCCCCUUCCUCACCCUCGGGACCAGGCUCUCACACACAUACACAUCCAUACACACACAAACACACGCACACACACCUCGCCCCAAAUUCCGGUGCGACAUGUUUGAGGGCAAAAAGACGAAAAACAUGUUCCUGACACGAGCUUUGGAAAAGAUCUUGGCCGACAAGGAGGUGAAGAAGGCGCAUCACUCGCAGCUGCGCAAAGCCUGUGAGGUCGCUCUGGAGGAAAUCAAAGAGGAGUCAGAGAAAUUAAGUCCACCCAGUGGAGACGGCAAAUCUGGUUCCAGCACUUUACCGCCUAUCAAAUCAAAGACCAACUUCGUUGAAGCAGACAAGUACUUCUUGCCGUUUGAGCUAGCAUGUCAGUCCAAAUGUCCUCGCAUCGUCAUCACCUCACUCGACUGUUUACAGAAACUAAUAGCAUAUGGCCACCUGACGGGCAGCGCCCCGGACAGCACAGCCCCGGGUAAGAAGCUCAUCGACAGGAUCAUCGAGACCAUCUGUGCUUGUUUCCAAGGGCCGCAGACAGACGAGGGCGUUCAGCUACAGAUUAUUAAGGCUCUGUUGACUGCAGUGACCUCUCAGCACAUAGAAAUCCACGAGGGCACUGUCCUGCAGGCCGUCCGCACAUGUUACAACAUCUACCUGGCCAGCAAGAACCUCAUCAACCAGACUACAGCAAAGGCCACGCUAACACAGAUGCUCAACGUCAUCUUUGCACGCAUGGAGAAUCAAGCACUGCAGGAGGCAAAACAGCUGGAGAGAGAGCGACACCGGCAGCACUCACCAAUCACCCAGCACACUGAGCCCAACUCCCCUCAGCUCCAGACUCACAUCCACCCACAGGCCAAAGGUACAGGCCAAGAGGCCAACGGCCCCGUGACCCCGUCCACGCCCAGCAUUAAUAUCCCAUCAACGCCGUCUACUCCCUCAACACCGGCCCAAGACUUCAGCACCAGGUCUGUGUCUGAGGAGCAGGAGGAGCAGGGAGAGCAGGGCCCGGUCUUUGAGAGCCCUGAUCCGGAGAAUGGUUCUGAUUUCUGUGUGGCUGAAAAUGAACAGACUGAAGCGGAUCAAGCUACUGCAGCAGCGCAAAAUGCAGCAGCUCAGCAGCAUCAGCAGGCUGGAGGAGAGGAGGAAGAGGAGGAGGAGAGCCCCAACUAUGAGGAAAAAGCACAGGAAAUAGUGCAGAAUAUUCUGCAGGAGGUGGUCAAUACUGUGGCUGGAGGUCACUGUCUGGACCCUGCAAGUCUCUGCUCUGAUGCCAAGGAAUCUGGUGGUGAAGGUGAGCCAGCAGAAUCAGAGACGACUGAAGCGGUGACCGAGGGCACGCAGAACUCCCUGGACGAUGAAGGCACUCUGGGUAGUGACAGUGAGCACGUCCAUGCCAACGGUAUCCCGGGCACGCCUAUUUCUGCCAGCUUCACGCCCUCGUUGCCUGAUGACAGACUGUCUGUCUCGUCCAAUGACACUCAGGAAUCAGGAGCAGCACCAGGUCAACUACCAGGUGCUAAAUUCUCCCACAUCCUCCAGAAAGAUGCCUUCCUGGUCUUUCGCUCCCUCUGCAAGCUGUCAAUGAAGCCACUGUCGGACGGACCACCCGAUCCCAAGUCCCACGAGCUGCGGUCAAAGGUCCUGUCCCUGCAGCUGCUGCUGUCCAUCCUGCAGAACGCUGGGCCCAUCUUCAAGACCAACGAGAUGUUCAUCAACGCCAUCAAGCAGUACCUGUGCGUUGCGCUGUCCAAAAACGGCGUCUCUUCGGUGCCUGAGGUCUUCGAACUCUCCCUGUCCAUUUUCCUCACACUUCUGUCCCACUUCAAGACCCACCUCAAGAUGCAAAUUGAGGUCUUCUUCAAGGAGAUUUUCCUGUACAUUCUUGAAACGUCCACCAGCUCCUAUGACCACAAGUGGAUGGUCAUACAAACCCUCACCAGAAUAUGUGCAGACGCCCAGAGUGUUGUGGACAUUUAUGUGAACUACGACUGUGACUUGAAUGCUGCUAACAUAUUUGAGCGCCUGGUCAACGACCUCUCCAAAAUUGCACAGGGGCGCGGAGGCCACGAGCUCGGCACUACACCACUACAGGAGCUGACGCUGAGAAAGAAAGGCCUUGAAUGUCUGGUGUCCAUCCUGAAGUGUAUGGUGGAGUGGAGUAAAGACCAGUACGUCAACCCCAACUCCCAGACCAGCCUAGGCCAGGAGAAACCACCAGAGCAGGAGAGCACAGAGACCAAAGCUCCCGAGACCAUAAACCGCUAUGGCAGCAUCAACUCUCUGGACUCCACAGCCUCGUCCGGCAUCGGUAGUUACAGCACACAGAUGUCAGGUACCGACAACCCGGAGCAGUUUGAGGUCCUCAAACAGCAGAAGGAGAUCAUUGAGCAAGGCAUUGACCUGUUUAAUAAGAAACCAAAGAGAGGCAUCCAGUACCUACAAGAGCAAGGCAUGCUGGGAACAACCCCUGAGGACCUUGCUCAGUUUCUGCACCAAGAAGAAAGACUGGAUUCAACCCAAGUGGGAGAGUUCCUCGGGGAUAAUGAUCGUUUCAAUAAAGAGGUUAUGUACGCCUACGUGGAUCAAAUGGACUUCCAUGGCAAAGAUUUUGUCUCAGCUCUCAGAAUAUUCCUGGAGGGCUUCAGGCUCCCCGGAGAGGCCCAGAAGAUUGACCGGCUCAUGGAGAAAUUCGCAGCAAGAUAUCUGGAGUGCAAUCAGGGGCAAACCCUGUUCGCCAGUGCUGACACUGCGUACGUCCUGGCCUACUCCAUCAUCAUGUUGACAACAGACCUCCACAGUCCACAGGUGAAGAAUAAAAUGACUAAAGAGCAAUACAUCAAGAUGAACCGAGGCAUCAACGACAGCAAAGACCUGCCGGAGGAAAACCUCUCCGCCAUCUACGAUGAGAUCGCAGGGAAAAAGAUCGCCAUGAAGGAGACGAAGGAGCUCACCAUGAAGUCCAACAAGCAGAAUGUGGCCAGUGAGAAGCAGAGGCGUCUCCUCUACAACGUAGAGAUGGAGCAGAUGGCCAAGACGGCCAAAGCGCUGAUGGAGGCCGUCAGCCACGUCCAGGCUCCCUUCACCAGCGCUACACAUCUGGAGCACGUCAGGCCCAUGUUUAAGCUGGCAUGGACACCCUUCUUGGCUGCGUUCAGUGUGGGUCUCCAGGACUGUGAUGACACUGAUGUGGCCUCUCUCUGUCUUGAAGGCAUCCGGUGUGCCAUCAGGAUAGCCUGCAUCUUCACCAUACAGCUGGAGAGAGACGCAUACGUCCAGGCCCUGGCACGUUUCACUCUGCUGACAGCCAGCUCUGGCAUCGCAGAAAUGAAGCAGAAGAACAUCGACACCAUCAAAACCCUCAUCACUGUGGCUCACACUGAUGGCAACUACCUGGGCAACUCCUGGCACGAGAUCAUGAAGUGCAUCAGUCAGUUGGAGUUGGCUCAGCUCAUCGGUACUGGUGUGAAACCACGCUACAUCUCAGGGACGGUACGGGGUAAAGAGGGCUUUGUGGCUAGCACCAAAGAGCAGGGCAGCGACGAGUACCUGGGUUUAGUCGGAGGAACGGUGGACCGUAAGCAGAUUGCCAGCAUUCAGGAAUCCAUUGGCGAGACCAGCUCUCAGAGUGUGGUGGUGGCUGUGGACAGGAUAUUCACUGGUUCUACCAGACUGGAUGGUAAUGCAAUAGUUGAUUUCGUGCGAUGGCUUUGUGCCGUGUCCAUGGAUGAGCUGGCCUCGCCCACACACCCACGUAUGUUCAGCCUGCAGAAAAUAGUGGAGAUCUCCUACUACAACAUGGGCCGCAUCAGGCUGCAGUGGUCCAGGAUCUGGGAGGUCAUCGGAGACCAUUUCAACAAGGUUGGCUGUAAUUCAAAUGAAGAUGUGGCGAUUUUCGCGGUGGACUCUCUCAGACAGCUGUCUAUGAAAUUCCUGGAGAAGGGGGAGUUGGCUAAUUUCAGAUUCCAGAAAGAUUUCCUGAGGCCUUUUGAACACAUCAUGAAGAAGAACAGGUCCCCCACCAUCAGAGACAUGGUCGUACGCUGCAUCGCUCAGAUGGUCAACUCCCAGGCGGCAAACAUCCGCUCAGGCUGGAAGAACAUCUUCUCCGUCUUCCACUUGGCUGCUUCAGAUCAGGACGAGAGCAUCGUGGAGCUGGCCUUUCAGACCACAGGUCACAUCGUCACGAAUGUAUUUGAAAAGCACUUUGCAGCCACCAUCGACUCCUUCCAAGACGCCGUUAAGUGUCUGUCCGAGUUCGCCUGUAACGCCUCCUUCCCAGACACCAGCAUGGAAGCCAUCCGCCUCAUCAGACACUGCGCUAAAUACGUCUCAGACAGGCCGCAGGCGUUCAAAGACUACACCAGUGAUGACAUCAACGUGGCUCCUGAGGACCGCGUGUGGGUGAGAGGAUGGUUCCCCAUUCUCUUUGAGCUCUCCUGCAUCAUCAACAGGUGUAAGCUGGACGUCAGGACUAGGGGUCUAACAGUGAUGUUUGAAGUGAUGAAAACCUACGGCCACACCUUUGAGAAGCACUGGUGGCAGGAUUUGUUCAGAAUCGUCUUCAGGAUCUUCGACAACAUGAAGCUGCCCGAGCAACAGACUGAAAAAGCAGAGUGGAUGACCACCACCUGUAACCAUGCACUUUAUGCCAUCUGUGACGUCUUCACCCAGUACUUUGAGUCUCUCUGUGAUGUUCUGCUGGACGAUAUUCUGGCUCAGCUCUACUGGUGUGUGCAGCAAGAUAACGAGCAGCUUGCCCGCUCUGGCACCAACUGUCUGGAGAACGUGGUCAUCCUGAACGGAGAGAAGUUCUCACCCGAGACCUGGGACAAGAUUUGUAACUGCAUGCUGGACAUCUUCAAGACCACCAUCCCACACACGUUGUUAACAUGGAGACCAGAAGGAGAACAUAUGACACAGAGUCUCUCAGACAAACAGCUGGACACCAUCUCCCAGAAGUCUGUGGACAUCCAGUCCCGCUCUGAAGACCAACAGUCCAUCAGCAGUGCAGACAGAGUGAGCGUGGAGAACCGUCGACAGAGUCAGUACAGCACAGCCUCGGGCAUGUUCGAGGACAAGAGUAGGACACCAACAAAGGUCCUGGAGCAGCGUUUAUUCUCAGCUCUGCUGAUCAAGUGUGUGGUUCAGCUGGAGCUCAUCCAGACCAUCGACAACGUUGUGUUUUUUCCUGCCACCAGUAAGAAGGAGGACGCUGAGAACUUUGCAGCCGCUCAGAGAGAUGCACACACAGCAGUGGUCCCGGUGGAGACCCAGGACCAGGGCAUGUAUCGGUACUUGACGUCUGAGCAGCUUCUGAAGAUGCUGGACUGCCUGCUGGAGUCUCACCACUUCGCCAAAGCCUUUAACUCCAACAACGAGCAGAGGACUCUCCUGUGGAAAGCAGGAUUUAAGGGAAAAUCAAAGCCAAACCUGUUGAAGCAGGAGACCAGCAGUCUGGCCUGUGGCCUGCGCAUCCUCUUCCGCAUGUACACGGACGAAAGUCGACAAGACGCCUGGGCAGAGGUGCAGAGGCGACUUCUCAAUGUGUGCAGUGAGGCCGUAGCCUACUUCUUGACCCUGACCUCAGAGAGUCACAGAGAGGCCUGGACUAACCUGCUGCUGCUCUUCCUCACCAAGGUGCUAAAGAUCAGCGAUGAGAGGUUCAAGGCCCAUGCGUCCAGGUACUACCCCCUGCUGUGUGAGAUCAUGCAGUUCGACCUCAUCCCUGAGCUGCGCUCCGUCCUCAGAAAGUUCUACCUGAGGAUCGGCCUGGUCUUCAACAUCGCACAGCUGCCCGAGCCCAGACCAGAGCCCAUACAACCUCAGUCAGGAGAGACGGAGACGACAGAGGUGGCGGAGGAGGCCGGGGAGGAGGCCCAAUGAUGCUCCAGCUCCUAUCAAACACAUUUUACCUGUUUCACACCCAUAAUCCUCUUCUCCACCCGUACACAGGGAACUCAGAUGGAGUUCUUCAUAUCAUAAUAACAAAAUGUAACACUUUAUACAAGGUGUAGCGACGCCUCCUGUGGAUAAAACUACUGAAAAACAACUGACAGUCUGUCACGUCUCUGAUUUGCUCAGACGGAACAUAUUUCAAAGUAAAAUACAACGUGUGCUUCUUACUGUAUAUUUAAUACUUACAGAAUGAAAUGUUUCAAUAAUAGGCAAAAGGACAAAUCCAGAGUCAUGAUCACUUUUUGUCUGCACCUCAUUCGGCUAACACUAGUACCGAUUAGCCUCCUGGAUGAUACUAGUUGUACAGAUCUGCCACUCUGUAAAAUAAACUCACACUAAAUUUCUUUUAUUUUGUUUUUUUCUUCCUUCCUCUGAUGGAUUUGCUGCACUUGAUCUCUCUUUUUUUAAUGCACUGGAGAUUUGACCUUUUUUUUUGUGAUAAUUUAUUUGACUUUACCAUCUCCUGAUGAUUGUUCCCACACAGUACGAUUGAUUUGUGUUUGAGGAAAGAAAGAUAAACCGCUGGAAUGUUGAAGGGUUUAAAUUAUUCUAUUUUAUACUUGUUAAGUUUGUAAUGGACGUUAGAAGAAAACUGGAAGAAGAAGAAAAGAAAAAAAGAAUGAGUGAUGUUAGCUGCUUUUAAGUCACUUAGUCUGUUUUCACGUUUUUGGACUUUAGUUUUCAUUCUUGUGUACAAAAUCAAAGGUUAAUAAUAAUAAUAAUAUAUUUCAUGUUUUUUUUUUUUGUUGGUUUUUUUUUGUUUUUUUGUUUUGGGGAAGGUUUAAUGUAUAGAGAGAAUGACAGAUGUUAGCUGUGCUUUAAGUAUGAAUGGGGAUGUGUUCCUGCUCAUGGAUGUAGAAAACAUAAUGUAUAUGAUACAGCAAUGUAAAGUUUUCUAUGUUGCAAAAAAAGCGAAAAGAUAAUGUACAAGUUUCUGUACAAAACAUCAUCUGGCAUCUUAAUCAGGUUCUAGGUCAAUAAAGUUUUUGAACUUGGUUGAUUUGAAAUGAUAAAAAACACGAGUCCUUUUUAUUUCUAUUAUUUUUCCACAUUUGUAAACAAACAUGAUGACCUCAGGAUAGCAUUACAUCAUUUCAUAUAACACAUUCUAAUGGUUCCGUCAUUGGUCAGUCCAGUCAUCACCGAGUUGCUAAAAAACAUGAAUUGCCAUUUGGGGAGUAGGAAAGAUGUUUUACUGUGAAAAUGACCGGAUUCUCGCCCAAUUACAACUUAUUUGGAUAUGUACGUAAGGACGUUGUCAAAAUAAAGGUCCUAGGAGAGAAGGAGAGGGAAGUUGUCUUCUGCCUUUCAAAAUAAACGUCGCCUUUACAGACCUACAGUACUUAAACCCGUCGGCACAGGUGAUUAUGACUUUAUAUAACAUGUUGUGUUAACCGUUGCGGUGCUUGAUACUUUAAUGAACUUUAUGUUUGACGUAAAUAUCCUUCGUAUAUUUUUAUUUUGUCGAGGUUUUGCGCCACAAAUAGACGACAGAUCCGGGAGAAUAUUGUCCUAAAUGAAACCGGUCCGUGCAGCAACAAAGGUUGGGGUCUCUUCGGUAGUACAGCCGUUACUAUUAAAUCGGUUUGAAUUCAAGUUUUAAAUUUUGUUUAAUCAGUUUAUUGGAAGUGCUCAAAUUCACCUGAUGUUUCAAACGUGUUGGGUUAUUGGCAAUAAGACAUGUUUUUAACUAACAGAAUAUUGGGCUAAAAUGUAGCAAGCAGAAUUAAAAGCUACACAAACUGCCCUGCUUAAUUGUUAAUUAGCUAUAAUUGGCCAAAAGUUAACUGACAUCCGUCCAAGAAAAAACAAAUCAGUAGAAAACCUAAAAAUAAUUACAAGUUGACUGAGGAAAAUUAAUAAAACUGUCCUGAAAAUGACAUAAGGUGCUGUAAAUUGAAUUGAAUGGGUCAUAAAUAAUAAUAAAACAAUCAAUUUUACUUAAUUCUAAAUGUCUCACUACAUCAUACAAAAAUUGGACUCGACUUGAAUGAAUAAUUUAAGUUUUCAGUCCAGAUGCAGUUUCUUGGAAAGUUAUGUGACAUUAUGUGUGAGCCACCGUGGACGUUCCUCUCUGCUGAGUGGUCUCUCUCUACACACAGACCGUUUCACAGCAGACGAUGUUCCAGGCCGUAACCAGGCUUCAGUAGCGAUGGUGUCCACAGAGCUGUGUCUCUCCAGAGCAGAGGACAGAGACAGAGAAUCGUCUUCUUCAGCAGCAGGAGCAGUCAGCAUCUCUUUGGAGAGAAAACAACAACGUCACAGCACACCCACACAUUGUGUGUGUCUGUGUGUGUUCACACUCACCCAUGAAUGUGGUCUCUGAAGGCAGCACUGAGCCUCUGUGGACCAGAUCCUCAGCUUUCCUCUUCUGACAGAAGACACAAACACAAGGGACAAGUUGUUACUGUGACAGAGAAAGUACAGACGACUCCUCCGCUCACCCCUCCCAUACCAGGACCCUCCGCAGGGCAGAGAGCUGCCUGAUCACUUCAUGGUUACCAUCUAAAGAAAACAGAUUGAGGAGGUCUAACAGACUCUUUGGG